UCAUAAUUGGUUGUCUCUUUGAUAGCAUGUUCUAUUUCCAUCGCUAUAUAUAUAUAUAUAUAUAUUGUUUUGUAGGAUCCAAGCAAGAAAGAGUUUAAGAUGCUUGCUAUGUUAUUCUCUCAAAUUUUUUACAGCAUGAACAACUUGCGGUAUUGAAGAAAUUACUGAAUAUUUUACAUCAAUAGCUAUUUGUUAAUAGGUGUUUGACAACUUUAGAAUAUGAAAAGUUUUAGGUUAAAUGGGUAACAACUUUAAUUUUGUUAAUUUUUUGCUUUCUAAAUUACUAAUAGUGAUUUUUCACGUUAAAUUAGUAGUUUAUUUGUAUACUAAUCAGCUACAAUGUUGUAAUGUUAUUUAUUUUUUCUUUCUAAUUUGUGAGGUUUAAUUCAAGUAAUAUUGAACAAAUCCUCUGAAAUCAAAAUUCAAUACAAAAGAAAUUUAGUUAGGGACUUUGUAAGACUAAGGGAGUUUGAAGAUAAUAUAAGUUUUGGCCUCAUGUAAUAUACUUAUAUUGGUUAAGGAGAGCUUGAAAAUAAUAUAAGUUUUGGCCUCAUGUAAUAUACUUAUAUUAUGAGCUUCAGUUGCUACAAAUAGUAUUGUAGUAACUUAGAUAUGAAACUCCAGAUGUGACACAAACAGCAAAGGAUAGCAAUAUUCACUAAUAUUUGUCUUUUAAUUUAAAUGGUAUUUGGCAUAAUUGCUUAGCAUUCAUUAGAUUUCAUUUUCAGUAAUUUUUUCAUGCAUCACACGGAUUAGUGACCAGUUAUAUUAAUUAACAUCAGUAAUUUUUCCGUGCAUCACACGAAUUAGUGACUAGUUAUAUUAAUUUGCAAAUUCUAAUAUGCGGCUGCCUCUCUUUCUCUCUAUAUUAAUACUAUUGCCGCACACUAACUUCAUAUAUAAUGGCAUAGGUCGGCUAUGGCUUAAAGCCCAAUCAAUUGUUGUACAAGACAAAGUCAAGCCACACACAACAAACAAAGUCCUUCUUGUACAAAUAUCUUCACACUCUGUUAUUCUUUGGGAAGAGAAUUCUGGGCUUAAAUUUGAAACCAUGAGAUUAAUGGUGGUGCAUGGGAAUUUCUGGGUUGUAGUAUUAUUAAUUAUAGGAGUUGUUGGAGCUUAUAAUUUGUACAACGUGGAGUGUCUCCCACUCCCACAUCGAAUUCUUUUGGAUGCAGAUGUUGAUACUGAUGAUUUCUUAGCUCUGUUGUACCUCUUGAAGCAAAACAGAUCAGAGUUUAAGGUGGAAGCAGUCACUAUCAGUGCAAAUUCAUGGUCUGAUGCUGGACAUGCUGUGAAUCACAUCUAUGACAUUCUUUACAUGAUGGACCGUGAUGACGUUGCUGUUGGAGUUGGUGGCGAUGGUGGGAUACUAGAAGAUGGUACUAUAUUGCCAAAUGUUGGAGGCUAUCUUCCUAUUAUUGAACAGGGGAAUACAACUGCAGGAUAUUGUAGAUAUAGACAAGCUAUUCCUCCUGGUCAAGGAGGAGGGCGAUUAGAUAUUGAUGCCAACUUUGGAAUCCGAAGAGCUUUCCUCCCACAGGGGAUAAGAAAGUAUACUCCACUUCAACAAUCAACAUCUCAGCAAGUGAUGAUUGACAAGAUAUCAUGGGGUCCUAUAACUGUAAUUAUUACAGGAUCACACACAAAUCUUGCAAUUUUUCUUAUGAAAAAUCCACAUCUAAAGAGAAAUAUCGAGCAUAUUUAUAUCAUGGGAGGUAGUGUGAGGUCAAAGAACGGAGACCCUGGCAAUUUGUUCUCAGAUUCUACUAGUAAUCCUUACGCAGAAUUCAAUAUAUUUGCAGACCCUUUUGCUUCAUACCAGGUUUUCCAUUCUGGCAUUCCCAUCACCCUUAUUCCUCUGGAUGCAACAAACACCAUCCCAGUUAGUAAGAAUUUCUUUGACACAUUUGAGAAGAGUCAGAAUACAUAUGAGGCACAAUACUGCUUCCAGUCAUUGAAAACAGAUCGUGAUACAACACUUGGCGACCUGUUUUAUACGAACUUUUAUAUGUGGGACGCCUUUGCAGCUGGUGUGGCAAUUUCAAUCAUGCAUAAAUCAAACAACACUAAUGGGGAAAAUGAAUUUGCUGAAAUGGAGUAUAUGAAUAUAACUGUAGUUACUUCAAACAAACCUUAUGGGGUGCAUGAUGGCUCCAAUCCAUUCUUUGAUGGCCGUGACGUUCCAAGAUUCAAUUUGACAAUGGGUGGAGUACAUAGUGGUCAUGUUCAAACUGGACUAAGAGAUCCAUUCUGCAUUGUGAAGAAUGGGACAGGAAAAUGCCAGGAUGGUUAUACAGCAGAAGUAACUGGUCCAGAAGCAGUUCGAGUGCUAGUUGCCACGGAAGCAAAGCCAAAUCAGAACAAUGACAGUACACUAGACAAACAAUUUUAUAUAAGUUUCUUGGAUGCUCUAAACCGCCCUCAAGAUACUGGCAGAUUUAAUUUUACAACACAAUUUCCUUAUUAUUACAAAGAAGUUCUUUACAAACCAGAUUUUGGAUCUAAAAAACUUGGGAAAACUGUUGUUUUUGACAUGGAUAUGAGUGCCGGAGAUUUUCUAGCUCUGUUUUACCUCCUUAAAGCACCUGUGGAAGUGAUCAACCUCAAGGCAAUAAUAGUAAGUCCAACCGGUUGGGCGAAUGCUGCAACAAUAGACAUCAUUUAUGAUUUACUUCAUAUGAUGGGCCGUGAUGACAUUCCAGUUGGUCUUGGAGAUAUAUUUGCAAUGAACCAAUCUGAUUCAAUCCUCUCAAGUGUUGGAGACUGCAAAUACAUUAAGGCUAUCCCACAUGGGAGUGGUGGACUUAUUGACUCUGACACUCUCUAUUCUCUAGCGCGAGAUUUGCCACGAAGCCCUAGAAGGUACACACAAGAUGACUCUCCAAACGAUGGAGCUACUCAGAAGCAGCCUCUAGCAUUUGAAGUUUGGAAGUCUGUAGUGAAAACACUUGAUCCAGGAUCUAAGAUUACCAUACUGACCAAUGGACCCCUUACUAAUUUAGCAAAGAUUAUUCAGUCAGAGGAAAAUACAACCUCUUUUAUCCAGGAUGUAUAUAUAGUUGGAGGACACAUCAGCCGUGGUGACUGGGACAAAGGAAAUGUUUUUACUAUUCACUCUAAUGAAUUUGCAGAAUUCAAUAUGUUUCUUGACCCUUUGGCUGCAAAGACAGUCUUUGAUUCGAACCUUAACAUCACCCUCAUCCCACUUGGAAUCCAGCGUAGAGUCGGUUCAUUACCAAGGAUCAUACAAAGGUUGCAGGAGACAAAAAGGACACCUGAAGCUAAGUUCGCCAGCCGAUUACUGUCAAUGCUAUAUGGCUUGCAACAAAGUCACUUUUUAUAUCAUCAUGUGGACAUAUUCUCUGGGGAAAUCCUUGGUGCAGUUGCACUCGCUGAUGAUCUGAAGCCAAACGUGCAAGUAAAGCCUGUCAAAAUCCUUGCCGAAGGUGUUGAAUCCACAGAUGGACAAACUGUGAUUGAUGAAAAAGAAGGAAAAUUUGUCAAAAUUUUGGAAAAUGUGAAUUCUACAGUGUUUUAUGACCUUUUUGCCGACAGGCUAAACGAUACCAAGCAGUCUGCGGUGAUAGGAAGUUUUGAUGGUCAAAGGCGGCAGUGGAGUAGACCACCCAUAUGAAUUUGAUUUUGCUUGAAGGGUUAAGGCAAUAUUAUGACAAAGGCAUGGCAGCAUUUUUCAGUUGUAUUGCUGAUUUUCUUCAAAGAUAUUUUUUAACAAGACCAUUUUUGAUACAGGAAGCGGUCACUCUGCUUUGUACUUAGCUCAAAGAAACCAAAAACAGAUAAGAUAGAAGACUAGAAUAAUACCAUUCAAAGUUUUUCUUUUUCCUAUAUCUUUAUUGAAGCUAA